GCACUGGUGGGCAGCACUGGUGGGUGGGCACAGGUGGGUGGCACUGGUGGGCACAGGUGGGUGGCACUGCUGGGCACAGGUAGGUGGCACUGCUGGGCACAGGUAGGUGGCACUGCAGAGUGGCACAGGUGGGCGCACUGCUGGGCACAGGUGGGCGCACUGCUGGGCACAGGUGGGCGGAACUUGCGGGCGGCACUGCUGGGCACCGAUCAUCAGGGCACUGAUCAUCAGUGCCCUGAUGAUCGGUGCCGAUCCCCGCUCUGACAACUGCCGGUUCUCGGCAGUACUUUCCUCACGAUCUGACAGCGUGAGGAAAGUGCAGCCGAGAACCGGCACUUGCAU